ACAGGCCCACUUUUGGAAGGAGGGUGUGCGUGCAACUCUCUUCGGUAAACCAGACGCAGAAGACUCUGUGGAUCUGUAGCAACUGUCAGAACGAUGCAGUUGCAGUGGUUGGUGUGUCUCCUACUGUCACUAGUGGUGGGAGUUCAGUGCUACUCAACUGGAGCUCCAGCCAGUGCAUGUAUUGACAUCUACCCAGUGGGACAUCUAGGAACCUCCCAAGAUCCCUCCACUAACCCCUUCCAGUUGUCCCUCUCUGACUUUGACCAGACUUACGGAGGAGAGAUCUACUAUGUCCCUGGACAGGACUACACCUUGACUCUGUCAGGAUCAGGAGGUGAGCAGUUCAGAGGAUUUCUAGUACAGGCCAGAGCUGUGGCAGAUGGUUCUCCAGUUGGUACCUUCAUUGACAAUGGAGAUGACCAGACACUCAGCUCUUGCAACCCUCAAGUUUCCGCUGUGACUCAUCCCAAUCCUGACCUCAAGAGCUCAGUGGAACUGAGGUGGACUGCCCCAUCAGAGGGAAUUGGUGAAAUCAUCUUUCUGUUUGCUGUCGUUGUUCAGAAUUCGGGGGGAAUCAGUGAAUUCUAUGCCACCAUUGAGACAGACGUUUUGCAUACCUGUGGUCUUCCUCUGUAUGAGAGUGCUGGUCGUUGUGUGGAGACCUGUCCCGAUGGACAGUUUGGUAAUGGCACCACUGAACAAUGCCAGCAAUUGCCAUCUGGGUACACUGUAGCCAUGAAUGCCACAGUGUACUUUGCAGAGAUAUACAGUGACUUCCCACUCAACACUCCGGUCUUUAGCAUCAGGGUCAUUGUCAGCUCCAUUGACGACCUCCUCGACCUGUUCAUCAGUCUCUCGCAGACCGGACACAUCAAUAACCUGUUUGAGUUUGAAGGUGGCAGUAACAACAGGAUUGGCAUAACAACAGCAGAUCUUGUAUCCAACGGCGAUCAUUAUGUGUUUGACGUAUCAAUCAACCUAGUGGAGGACCCGGCCACAGAGUUUGAAGAGAGCGAUUAUCCAGUGGAGCUAGACAUUGAUCUGUCUCUGGUCGGACUCUACUUUCCAGAUAUGGCUAUUCAAGAAUUGUCAGUAGCCGUGGGGUCGAUAAUGAAUACACCAAAUGCUUGUGACGACAUGCCAUGUCUCAACGAAGGAACAUGUGACAGUCUCAGUAGUACAGUCUACACCUGCUUCUGUGCACCUGGCUACACCGGGAGUAACUGCGAUGACGUUCAAGAUCCGUGCCUCGCUCUCGAGCCCUGUCAAAACCUUGCCUCGUGUGAAACUAUUAGCCCAGCAGAAUACGUGUGCCACUGUAUUGAAGGCUACACGGGAGAUACAUGCGGUGAAGUUGGUGAUGCCUGCCUUGUCUUUGAGCCGUGUGUCAAUGGAUCUUGUACACCUAAUAUUAGCGGCGAGUACUCCUGUGAGUGCUUCACUGGAUUCACAGGAACGGAUUGUGAUGAGAAUAUUGAUGACUGUCCUGGUAGUGAAUGUGUCAACGGUACUUGUGUAGAUGGUAUUGCAAACUACACCUGUGACUGUGACCCUGGCUUCAAUGGUACUCUCUGUGACCAGGAAAUCAACGAGUGUCACACUGCAGACUGCAACAACGGGACAUGUACUGAUCUUGUGAAUGACUACAUGUGCCAAUGCUUUCCGGAUUACACUGGACAGCACUGUGACCAAGUCAUUAAUGACUGUGCCAGCACACCUUGUGCCCCACUUGUCAGCGUCUCUUGUGAAGAUGGCAAUGGUACCUUUACCUGCCACUGUCUUGCUGGAUUUACCGGCCAAACAUGUGCCGACAGUAUAAUGGCUUGCGAAUCUAGUCCUUGCGUCAAUGGUGGUACUUGUACCAACGAGCCGUUUGGUGAAUUUUCUUGUGAGUGUCCCUCAGGGUUUACUGGUACGACUUGUAUGGAACUGAUUGAUUCUUGUGAUCCAAACCCAUGUGCAAAUGGUGGCACUUGCAGUUCAUUGGGCAUCAUAUUGUUUUCCUGUGAGUGUCCCAUGGGCUGGACAGGGCCAACUUGCACAGAGGAUAUUAAUGAGUGUACUGAUAGUAGCCCUUGCCAAAAUGGGGGAAAUUGCACAAAUCUGGAUGGUUCAUACGAGUGUCAAUGUCCAAACGGUUUCAGUGGUCCGGACUGCGAGAGUGAUCUCGACUUCUGUGAGGAUUUACUCGGUAGGUGCUUGUACGGUGUCUGCGUGGACGGCCAUGGAGCUCAAACCACCUGCAACUGCACGCUUGGAUACUCGGGAGAAAGCUGCGAAGAAGACGAUUCGAGUGUGUUGUUUUGCGGUGACAACACAUGCUCAAAUGGAGGGACGUGCGAGGAAGCAUUCGGUGAUAGUACAGUGUGUAUGUGUCCUCCGGGGUAUACUGGUCCUGCAUGUACGAUGGUCAUAUGCCACGACGAAGCUUGCAUGAACGGAGGAACUUGCAUUGAGCAGGAAGGUGGAGGUGAACUUGAUGUAAUGUGCCUCUGUCCUAGUGGUUUUACGGGGAGCAUGUGCGAGGAAGAUAUCGAUACUUUCUGCCUGCUGACCGAGUGUUUCAAUGGAGGUACUUGUGUGGAGGGUGUGGGGGAUCAGACAAACUGUAGCUGUGUUCAAGGCUUUAUGGGAGACCAGUGUCAGGAUGAUGAUCCGACUGAGUUGUUUUGCCAAGACAGCUACUGUGCAAAUGGCGGAUCUUGUUUCGAAGAGUUUGGUCCAGCAACCAACUGUUCGUGCGUCCCAGGUUUCACAGGAGCAAACUGCACCGAUGAUGAUCCAAACGAGCUGUUUUGUGGAGAGAGUGCCAACAUGUGCUCAAAUGACGGAACUUGCAUUGAAGAAUUUGGGGAUGAAACACGCUGUGAUUGCGUUCGUGGGUAUGCCGGUGAUCGCUGCGAAGAGGAUGAUCCAAGUGUACUUUUCUGUUCUGAAAGGUUCUGUGGAAAUGGAGGCACUUGCCAGGAAGGCAUGGGAGACUCGACCAGUUGUGACUGCAUUAGUGGCUACACAGGAGAGAGUUGUGAAAACGAUGAUCCAACUGAGUUGUUUUGCCAAGACAGUUACUGUGCAAAUGGUGGAUCUUGUUUCGAAGACUUUGGUCCAGCAACCAACUGUUCGUGCAUCACAGGUUUCACAGGAGCAAACUGCACCGAUGAUGAUCCAAACGAGCUGUUUUGUGGAGAGAGUGCCAACAUGUGCUCAAAUGGUGGAACUUGCAUUGAAGAGUUCGGGGAUGAAACGCUCUGCUUUUGUGUUAGUGGGUAUGCAGGUGAUCACUGCCAGGAUGAUGAUCCUGGUGUUAUUUUCUGCAUUCACGAGGAUGUGUGCCAACAUGGAGGCACUUGUGAAGAGGCCUUUGGAGACUCUGUCAACUGUACGUGUGCAGCUGGCUACGCCGGAGAUAGAUGUGAGACGGAUCUUUCCUUCUGUAUGAACGACACUUGUAGAAACGGCGGUACUUGUUUCGAAGGUUUUGGUCAGGAAAUCUCGUGUUCUUGUGUCGAAGGCUUCACUGGCAUGAUCUGCGAGGAAGAUAUCGAUACAUUCUGCACCACUAAUCCUAUAGACUGCUUCAAUGGAGGUAGCUGUGUUGAAGGAUACGGAGUCGAAACAAGCUGUGAAUGUGCACGUGGGUUCAUGGGGGAGGACUGCACACAAGACAAUCCCAGUGAGCUGUUUUGUUCAGGGGAUUCUUGUCUGAAUGGUGGAACUUGCAUUGAAGAAUUUGGUAAUGUGACCAGUUGUGAAUGCAUCCGUGGCUACAGAGGUAAUCAAUGUACUGAGGAUGACCCAACAGAGCUGUUCUGCAGUGAGGUCGAAUGUGUGAAUGGCGGAACUUGCCUUGAGCUAUAUGGGCCAGAUACAGAGUGCGAAUGUGUUAGUGGAUUCAUGGGACUAUUUUGCUCCGAGGACGACCCUGCAAUAACGUUCUGUGAUGAACCAUUAAACUUUUGUGAAAACGGAGGCACUUGCAUUGAGAGCUAUGGUACGGCCACCAACUGCAGCUGUACUAGUGGCUUCACUGGAGAUUACUGUUCUGAAGAUGAUCCCAGUGUCACUUUCUGUAUUGACGACACCUGUAUACAUGGUGGUACCUGCCAGGAGACAUUUGGUGACUCAGUCGUAUGCAUAUGCAUGGCUGGCCAUACUGGGGAAAAGUGUGAGAUAAAUUUGGACCUGUGUGGCAUCGAUAGCUGCAGAAAUGGAGGAACCUGCACAGAUGGUAAUGGUUUGGACUUUACCUGCACUUGCCCCGAGGGAUUCACCGGUGCAUUCUGUGAAGAGGACAUCAACACAUUCUGCAUCACUAAUCCUCCAGACUGCUUCAAUGGAGGUACCUGUGUCGAAGGAUAUGGAGUCGAAACAAGUUGUGAAUGUGUUCGUGGGUUCACCGGAUACAAUUGCACAGAAGAUGAUCCAAGCCAAGUGUUUUGCAUGGACACUACUUGUGAAAAUGGUGGCACGUGUGAGGAAGGGUAUGGCCUCACUACAAGCUGCAUGUGCAUCCGUGGGUACACAGGUAACAGCUGUGCAGAAGACGAUCCUAAUGAGCUGUUUUGCAGUUCCACUUCUUGCAGUAAUGGCGGGACUUGCAAUGAGGAAAUGGGUCCCACCACAAGUUGUCAUUGUGUCUCGGGUUUUAACGGUCCCACGUGUUCAGAAGACGACCCCAACAAAACGUUCUGCAACGAGAGCCUUUGUCAGAAUGGGGGGACUUGUCUCGAGGAGUUUGGCCCAGAAACCAGCUGCAGCUGUGCACCUGGGUUCACCGGGACCUCUUGCCAAGAAGACAAUCCCAAUGAACUCUUCUGUGAUGAGCCAGGCAAUUCCUGCGCCAACGGUGGGACAUGCAUUGAGGGCCAUGGUCCCGAAACCAGCUGUGAUUGCGUAAGAGGAUACACAGGGGACACUUGCUCGGAAGACGAUGCUAGCGUCACUUUCUGUGGCGAGGAAGAAAACGUUUGCCAGAAUGGAGGGACCUGCACUGAAGGUUUUGGUCCAGCGACCAACUGUAUGUGCCCCAGUGGUUUUGAGGGAACCAACUGUGAGUUGGUCGAGUCCGGAGACUGCCUCAGUGGGGGGUGCGGGGUCGGACGGUUCUGCAACAUAUCUUGUGCAUCUGAUGACUACCCCACACACUAUGCACUCCUCUCUGCCAGGGUUACUCUAACAGGAGAGUCUUUCAUUAGAGUCAGCGACAGUCUCUAUCCAGAUUUCGGGACCACUCGCCUGUCAAUCUUUGCCUACUUUCAGCACACACCGGGGAACGCUGGAUAUCUCUUCUUCUAUGGGAGCUCAGAAAACAGCAGAAAUCUGGCAAUCUUUUUGGAUGGCACGAAGCACAUCAUUUGGCUUUUUUACACAGACCGUGGUGGCCGUACUCGCAAGGAGAGAGUCGGUAUAGACGUUUCAGAUGGGUUGUUUCACUCUCUGGCAGUCACCACUGACACUAUUGCUAGUGUUGCACGGUUCUACGUUGACGGCAAGACACAGGGAGCAUCGGUAGUACUGAGCAACCCAGAUUUCACAUAUGGGGUAAACAAUGACAAUCCUGCCGUGUUGUAUGUUGGUGCAAGGCCUCCGAGACACUUUAGGUUCUCUGGCGUCAUAGAGCACAUCUUUGUGAUCCCAGACGAAUUAUUGUCACUAACUGAAGUGGAGACGUACCAUAACGACACCGCUGGACUGGUUGAGCCGAGGGGAGCGUGUGUUAACUAUCUGCAGCUCGAUGAGGACUGCCCUCCACCAGAGGAACCUAUAUCACUACUCUGCUCCUCUGUAUUUGGCCAAUGUGAUCCCAGUCUGCGCUGUCUUCCUAAAAUGGACGGGACGUAUACGUGUCAGCCCAGACCAUUGGAGUGUAAUACAGACGAGGAUUGCUCUUCAGCGUAUUUCUGCGGGAGUCCUCUCCCGAGAUACGGGACCAACUACUACGACCACGUUGGAGAGGUGGUGUCGCGAGGCUCGACGUUCCUCCAGCAGAACACAAUGGAGCUCAACGGUCGGACUGUCAUCCCACUGGCAAACACCCUGCACCCCCAGCUCUCCUCUGACCUCACCAUCUUUGCCACCGUCUGCCAGGAGCCGGGGAAUGACGGCUACGUCGUCGGGAAAGGACUCAACGAUAGAGUCCGUGAUUUUGGACUCUACCUCCGCAGUAGCAAACAGACGGUCUGGCUGGCAUAUGGCUACAGUGACAAUGAUGAUGCUGGUGACGGUGACGAUGACAACGACUCGAGAUUCCGAGAAAUUCUGUUCUUUACCAAUGUCUUGGUGGCAGACGGGAGCUGUCACUCUGUUGCCUCGGUCAUCGACCACUCUCUCAACAGAGCUGUUCUGUAUAUUGAUGGGAAGGCCGCCAGUAGCAAAACCUUACCCAGUACACCGGAAUUUCUGCCAGAAUUCAAUACACUCUACGUUGGAGGGAGACCAAGUACAGGGCUCUUCCGCUUCAAGGGCAACAUCAGCAACCUAUUUGUGAGCACUGCCCCUCUAUCAGGGGACAUAAUUGCAGCUCUCCAUGAAGAGGCCUUUGAGGGGAGUGACCUCAGUACAAUCAGUCUGUCAAACACCGUGAGAUACUGUUACCCCUACCAGAAGUUGGACACUGCCUGCUUUGUGGACACUGCAAACUUCCAAGACAACAACUUCAGAUGUCAGCCUCCAGAGCAGUGUGUUCCGGUGUUUGACCAGUCAAAUGUGGUCUCUCUCCCCCUGAGAUCGGAGGACCCCCUCGUGUUCCGGGGUAAGUGCGUGACUCCCUGCGGUGCCUCCUGUGCCGAGCAGGACCAAGACCUGCAGUGUGGCCGCAAUGGGCUCACCUACUACAACACCUGCUUCAGAAAGUGUGCCAAUGAACUGUUGCUUGAUGGCAGUAUGGGAGAGUGUCCAAGUUACUACCAACUUUAUACAAGUAACAAUGGUUAAUAGGAUAUCAUCAUCAUUGUUAGGCGCACACACAGUAAUGUAAAACUAUCCAUACUUCUGACGUACAGUAAACUCUAAGAUAGUUUUUUGCUGUAAAAUUGCAUUGUUGUAUUUGCUUUCUUCGCUCACCAUUUUUAUUCAUUUGUGUACGUAUACAAUGUACAAAUGAAUGUCUCAAGCAUUUUACUAUUUUGGGCGCUCUU